AUGAUGUUGAAUCCAAGCAAGUGUGCCUUUGGGGUUUCAUCAGGGAAGUUCCUAGGAUUUAUGGUUUCACAUAGAGGAAUCAAAGCAAACCCUAAUAAGAUCCAAGCGAUACUAAACAUGGAGCCUCCAAGAAAUGUCAAGGAAGUCCAGUCACUCACUGGACGAGUUGUAGUCCUUAACAGGUUUGUUUCAAAAGCUACUGACAAAUGUUUACCAUUUUUCAAGGUUCUCAAAAAGGCAUUUGAAUGGAUGGACGAGUGUCAAAAGGCCUUCGAAGAUCUUAAGGUCUAUCUUACUAUGGCUCCCCUACUAAGUCCAUCUGAGGAGUUGUAA